AUGGGUGAUCUUCCCAGCUCUCGUGUUGUUCCCAGUGCUCCCUUUCUGAAGGCUGCGGUCGAUCUAGCUGGUCCUUUCACUGUCAAAGAGAGUAUUCGGCCCAAAGCUCGUACGUACAAGGCAUACUUUGCACUAUUCCAUUUGUUUCGUGAAGUGGGAAAUUCGGUCCUAACUAUUGUUGAGCUUUCCACUCUGUUGGUGAAAAUUGAGGCGAUACUCAAUUCGAGACCGUUGUAUGCGCUCUCUUCAUCUCCUGAUGACUACGAGGCGCUGACUCCCGGACAUUUCCUUGUUCAUCGCCCUCUGUUGGCGGUUCCUGAAAUUGACGUGAGUGAUGUCAACGAGCACAGACUGUCUCGUUGGGAAAAGGUUAAUCGCUUCACUCAGAGAUUGUGGAAGAGGUGGGAGAGUGAAUACCUCCACACUCUUCAACAGAAGAAUAAGUGGUUUGAGAGUGACACAAACCUUCAGGUAUGGCAGUUAGUAUGGAUUAAAGGACAAUUCAUCACCUUAUCAUACCCGUUAGGUAGAGUCAUCCAAAUCAUAAGUGAUGCUAAGGGUGUUGUGCGCUCAGCUCACGUGAAAACUAACUCUGGUGAGUAUGUUAGGCCAGUUAGGAAACUUGCCCCCAUACUUCCCUAUUAGUUUAACCCACACAC